AUCAUCACCGGAAGUUCAUUACAUUGUAAACAAAACAAAAAAAGGUGAAAACGGUUGUUACAGAAGCUAAGAGUUUUGUGUCAUGAGGAAUAUUGAGUUAAAAGUUAUGGGAUGAUGAAUGAAUCAGAAUUUCUCCCUGUUCCAAAUGAGGAAAUACCAGUUCACAGUACUCCAAUUAAGCCUUCCAUUCCACCAUUUACGACACGCAAAAGAGCACAAAACAGAUUGCCUAGUUUUGACACAUACAAAGAGGGAAUCCCUUCAAGUUCUCAAGAUAUUCACCCUCGUGAAUCUCAGCAUGUGAGUCACAAAAUAGCCUCACUGGGAAAGUCAUCAAGUUACCGAGAAGAUCAACAAAGAGCUCCAAUUAUGCCAUCUGUGGGCACAAACUUUGAUUCCCAUCUUAAUUCUGAGAGAGUUACUCAACCAUUACCACAUUAUGUGCCAAACAGCAAGGGAAAACCCUUAGAUGCAUCAGAUAAACCUGCCUUUCAUCCAUCAGUUGUAUCAACAGGGUCACCCAAAAGAGAACAACUGGGUAAAGGGGAAGGAGGAAGACAAAAGGGACACAACUCUUCUGUAACAAAUAGAAGUAGUCAUGAAGAAACAAAGGACAGAAAUACACUAGAGACUAAUAGGUUCAUGUAUCCCUCAAAAGAGAAGGAGCCCACAAGUCCCCUUAACUCUGCCACAAAAGAACAGCUUUUAUCAACUUCUAAUCAGAGAAGGGAAAGUUCUCAAAGCAAACUAUUUACUAAAUCUGGAGAUAAUCACAUCAAAACUAUUUACAAACAAAGAAAUGAAAUUCAGCUGCUAGUUAGUGAGCUACAAGACCGAGAUAGAGAACUAAAUGAAAUGAUGUCAGCCCAUCAACAACAGCUAAUUGCAUGGGAACAAGAUCGUCACCGAAUCCUGACACUAGAGCAGAGUCUGGAAAAAGCACAAGAUGAAGUGCAGCAUAGAACAAAACAGUUGCGAAUGGCGAUCGCAAAGUUAAAAGAUUUACGCAAUGAAAGUACUUGUCAGAAUUCCACUCUGGAAUCAACACAGGAACAGAUAACAAAGCUUUGUCAGGAGAAUGAUUACCAAAGUGUACAUAUGAAGGAGUUAGAGGAAAAUACUCGGACUCAAGCAGAGAAGGUAAAAGCUAUGUCUUCCACCAUUGAAAAAUUGGAAGCCAGGGAACAAGAGGUGUGCACUGCACUGAGACUGAAGGAGAAAGAUAUAGUAUCUGCAACAGCUCAGAUGAAGGAAUUAGGUGAACGUCUGAAGCAACUGGACCAGCACAACAAACAAUGUCUGGAGCUUAAGGCUGAUGCCUUGACACAGUCCAGCCAGUGGAAGGACAAAUAUCUCCACGUCAAAAAAGAACUUGAAAAUACACAAGCUUUAGUAAAGAAGAAAGAGCAUGACCUCCAAGAACAUAUGACGUCUGCAAUAAACAUCCGCGAACAGCUGAGCCUGGUGCAAGACGAGUUCAGUCAAAGAGAGAAAUGUAAAGACAAUUUGAUUGAAUCCAUGAGAGCCAAACAAUUUAGAACUGACAAACAACUACGACAGCUGAGGGAGUUGUAUGAAAGGCAACAACGUGAAGUAGGACUACUGCAGUUGAACUUAGACAGCACUAGAGAAACCAUGCACAGGCAACAGAGCAGUCUGGAAGAGUACAGUAAUUCCGUGAAGAACUGCAGUAACUGUAGUAAGCUGUCACCAGAUUCCAAACUUUCUCCAAGAAAAGACUUUUCUGAGCAACCUGAUACUUCGAAAAGGUCAUCCAAUCCAAAGAACAUGCACAGUUUUCAAAAUAAACCUGAUUCAGACAGACAAACAUUGGAGUUUUCAGACACAAAUUCUAACAGUGUGAGAGAAAGGACAACAGGUGAUGGAGUGAGCUUUGUGAACAAAAGUUCUGAGUGGGUGGACAGCAUCAAGAAGUCCCAGAAGUGCAGCUAUGGAGAUUGGCCGGAGGAGGAUGAGGAACUCAAUCUGAUUGACUUUUCCUUGAAUAUGAAGCAAGGGGGAAAUGAUAAAAAUCCAAUUCCUCUUUCUCCAAUGAAGUGGAAAAAUAUAUUGUCAUAUCAGCAAACUGAUGGUGCUAUUGGAAAAACUUUACAAAAAUCUUUAGUGACAAGUCCAUUGGAUGGUGAUCAGCUAAAUGGUUCUUUAUCCCCUGUGCCCCAUGCUCAGCGUUCAUGUUCUGUGAGCCCCAAACCAACCAUAAGUCUAUCUCCAGCUGCACCAGAGACAAAUGAUAAACAGUCAAAUAUUGAGACAACACAAAGGACUCGCACACCUUCCCCCGGCAUUAGGUGUGCUAUACAGCAAGGUUCUCCUAGUGGUGUUUCUUUUCAAUUUGAGUCCCAGCAGCCAGCAGGCAAUACAUUGUACCCUAACAAUGAACAGAGAGUGACUUUUGAGGACCAGCUGUCUGUGUUUUUGGAUGAUGAAGAUAACAGAGAUCAGCUAACAGUCAGGGAGGGAACAUCGAGAGAGGUUGAGGCUUCACCUGCAACAAAGUUACACAGGUUACUAAUAGAAUCUAAAAAGAUGUUAGAUAAUUUAGAUAAGUCGAACAGUCCUGCCAGAAACUUGAUACAGGCUUUGGAGAAGGAGGAUGCAAGAGUUGAACUGAAAAUUCAGGAUGCGAACACCCAGAAAGAUUAGAUAUGGCUCUAGGGUACUGUAUAUUAUACGCCAUUAGGCUUUGAUCAAUUCUGACAUACAAGGAAAUUGACAUGAUGUAUUAAUGUAACUUUAAUGAGCCAUUCUUCAUGUUGACAAAACACCAUACAUUUUCAGUGAUCCUUUAUCUUCUAAAGUACAAAAUUAUCUGUAAAGUUUGUCAUCUACAUUUUUCUGUUUUACUUAUUGUAGUUUUAGUCUCCACUUGUAGAUGACACUCAACUCAUUAAGAUUUAAAAUGUUAAUUUUAUUUUUUUUUAAUAAAUAGGUCUUUCCCUUGUAAUGACGUCACUCAUAGCUAUAUAUUAUUUCCAGCAGUCAGUCUUUAAUAGUAUAUCUUUGAUGACUGUGAUAAUGAAACAUCGGUUUAUUUUGAAAAUGACAUUUAAACUUUGUUCACAUUCUGCACAUUGCUUAUCCUAUGUAUGUUAUACUGUAAUUCAUUUUGUAAAUUUUAGACAUAUGUUGAAUUUUAGACGUACAUUGAAGUUUAGACGUACAUUGAAUUUUAUAUGUACAUUACAUAUAUAUAUAUCUAUCAUGUUCUUACAUAGGUUUUAUAGUGUAUUGUAUAUCUUGUAUCACAAAUAUAUAUUAUUGAUUUUU